UUCAUUCUUUGUCACAUUUGUUUUUGUCAAAAUGGCGUUUAGUUUUCCAGCGUUUUCUUAUAUUAUAGCGUUAAUUGUCGACGCUUUUCUUAUAUUUUUCUCUAUAUUCCACGUUAUAGCGUUCGAUGAAUUAAAAACUGAUUAUAAAAAUCCAAUAGACCAGUGCAAUAGUCUUAAUCCUUUGGUGCUACCUGAAUAUUUGUUACAUCUGUUAAUUAACUUAUUAUUCUUGCUUUCUGGAGAAUGGUUUUCCUUAUUUCUCAACGUACCACUAAUUCUUUAUCACAUUCACAGAUAUAGAACAAGGCCAGUAAUGUCUGGACCAGGCUUGUAUGAUCCGACAAGUAUAAUGAAUGCAGAUGUGCUGACUGUUUGUCAAAGAGAAGGCUGGAUUAAACUCGCUUUUUAUCUUUUAUCAUUCUUUUUCUAUUUGUAUGGUAUGAUUGUGGUGUUGAUAGCGGCUUGAAUUGUCAGAGUAU